AUGGUAUAAUCUCAGGGAUAGAAAAAUCAAUUAGUUAAUUUCAAGAAGUAUAUUAUGAUUUAUCUACUUAUAGUCUCCUUGACCUUAUGCUUGAGAUGAUGAGGAUGUAAACACUAAAAGCACAUUUUAUUGUUGACUAAUUCAAAAUAGAUCUAAAUUAAUGA